GGUAAUUGCCCAGAUCUCUGUCUCUGUCAUUAGAACUGUGAGUGAGAGCUGCUCUGGAUCGGAGCCAGUGAUCUGGAAUAAAGGGAAACAGAGACAGACAGGGGGAAGAGGAAGAAGAAGAAGAGGAGGAGGAGGACUGAGGAGCCUAAUCCAGAAUAAUGGGCUGCAGGAGACAGUGACAGAGGAGGAGAGGAGAGGGGCAGCACUUUGAGGGGAGGGAGGUGAAUUCAGAGCACAGUUUGGCAGAGGAGGGAGAGCACAGGUUCAGUGUAAGGUUCUCUCUGCCUCUGAAUCCAGCGCCAAACAACGCUCCAUCCUCCUCCUCUGGGAUAAAGGGGUUAACCCCACACAACUGCCUUUCCACCUGGAAUAACACGGAAUAUCCCCCCGGAUACCUGCCCAGAGCUCUGCUGGGGUCGGAGAAAGAGGAGACAAAUCAGCUGGGCGGCUUGUUAUGGUUUCCCUCCUGUCUGACCUCCCCCUGGGGUGCAAGAUUUGGGGAAGGAUGAGUUCAGUACUGGGGUCCAAGAGGAGCCCCUCAGCUCAAAGAUAACUCUCUAAUGGACAGAUGAGAGAUAAAGGAUGACAGGCUGGGCUUACAACUCCCUCAAUGUGCUGAUCUUUCUGCUUUUGGUGAUCUCUUCAAAAGCUUCCUCUGCGCAUUUUCGGGUGUGUGAACCCUACAUGGACCACAAGGGACGCUACCACUUUGGAUUCCACUGCCCACGCCUUUCCGACAAUAAGACCUACAUCUUCUGCUGUCACCAUAACAACACCGUGUUUAAAUACUGCUGUAACGAGACCGAGUUCCAGAACGUGAUGCAGAUGAACCUGACUCUGAACUCAGACGCCUAUGUGCACAACAAUUACAGUGCGCUGGUGGGGGUCUGGAUCUACGGGUUCUUCGUGGUGGUCCUGUUGGUGCUGGACUUCCUCUAUUACUCGGCGUUGAACUAUGACAUUUGCAAGUUGUACUUGGCUCGCUGGGGGAUACAGGGCAAGUGGAUGCGGCAGGGGCAAUAUAACAAAGCUGCGCAGGAGCCGUGCCAGUCGCAGACUCAGGGUCAGACGUCACACGCUGUUCACACGCUAAAGGGAGUUGCAGUUAGUCCGACACUGAUGUCUUUUCAGACUUCCACCGCCUGAAAAUGACCAAGACCCAAGGAUGGGCGGCAACUACCAACCCAAUGGCGAAAGUCUGAAGGGGGGAAAAGAACACGAGAAUUUCUCUGGCUAAUAGAGGCGGAAGGAGCAUUAGAGGAGACUGACACCCCAAACCAUUCUUCAUUUAGAGAGACACAACUGAAAAGUCUGCGAGAUUCCCUUUACGUCUCUAUUUGUAAGCAAUAUUUCUAUCUGUAGCAUAAGAAGAUUCUUUCCUAAAAAGGACUGUCCCCUGUAAUUCAACAUGGAGGACCCGGGCAUCCUACCUGUUUGCUCUGCUGAGACUCAACUCGCGGGCGGCAAAGAACUGAAAAAACAGACUGUGACUGUCUACUUGUAAUUCUGUCCUCGUUAGCUACCUAGUCCGUCUGUCGGAUAUAAAUAUGCUCCUCGCUGUGCAAAGACUGACGUCAAUAAUAUUCCUGUUGACCCCCCCAAUAAUUUAUUAUUGCACCACCAAAUCUGUAUCUCUGAACACUGACCCCUCUUUCCCAACCCCCCACCCCUGUGACCUCCUAUCUCCUGAAGUGCAAUGAGUUGUUUCACUACACUGUAUCAAAGCCACCACAAGUGCCCUGUUCUAUGGAAAUAUUAUCGUAUCGACUGUCCUGAUAACGGGAUUUUAUGUUUCUUCUUCAGAAAAAGAUUUAGGAAUUUCCAAAUGGUGUUAAUGUUUCUCUGUGUGCGAUAGAAAAAUACAGUUUUAUAUUUGGUGU